ACACCGCUUGAACAGCUGGGCGUGAAGGCGCAUUUGGCGCCUACUGUAACACCGCUUGUUGUCGAACGCGCGAUCGUUCUCUCCACCGUCUGAUCCGUUCCAGCUAAAUUCCACUCGCGAGUGACUAAAACAAACCAGUUUUUAUACAACUGUAAAAAAUGACGACACUCAGGCCCUUCACGUGCAACGACUUGUUCAAAUUCAACAAUGUGAAUUUGGAUCCACUCACGGAAACGUACGGGCUUUCGUUUUACAUGCAUUAUCUUUCACACUGGCCGGAGUACAUUCAAGUGGCAGAGUCUCCGAGCGGCGAAAUCAUGGGUUACAUUAUGGGAAAAGCCGAGGGUCACGGGGAAAAUUGGCAUGGUCAUGUAACGGCCCUCACAGUCUCUCCGGACUACAGAAGGCUGGGUCUUGCCGCGAUGUUGAUGAAGUAUCUUGAGGACGUCUCGGAAAAGAAACAAGCGUAUUUCGUGGACCUCUUCGUCAGGGUGAGCAACAAGGUGGCUAUUACAAUGUAUCAACAAUUGGGAUAUAUUGUGUACAGGACAGUAUUGGAAUAUUACAACGGGGACCCAGACGAAAAUGCAUAUGAUAUGAGAAAAGCUCUGUCGAAGGACGUGAAAAAGAAAUCUAUGAUUCCGCUAACACAUCCUGUGAGACCGGAAGAGGUGGAUUGAAGCAUCGAGUUUCUCGCAUUGAACAAGAAACUGAAAAAAAUAAAUUAUAUUCAAAUUAUCUGUACAAAAUUGUCAUAAGGAUAUAUAUAUAUAUAUAUAUAUAUAUAUAUAUAUAAUGCGUGUAUAAUAUAUGUUAAAAAUACUAAAUCUUGUCUGUAGCGACUUCUUA